AAAAAAGGGGCUCAGAAGCAGACAUUGUGUUGUCUUGCCACAAAACCAAUUAACUUAUUAAACUGUCAUAGUGAUAAAUGUGGGGGGAUUUAUUUGGCUGGAGGCACAAAUUAACAAAUUAGACAUUUUAGUCUGAUGACCUGAUUUAGUGUUGAAUUUGUGUUUUUUUUAGAAAGUCAGAAAUUUUGAGGCCCUGGAAAAACCAUCCUCCUAUACGUCAGCAAUGGACCAAUAUGUGUGCUUCAUGUGUUAUAAUAAUGACUUGAGUACCUUCUGGUGUUUUGUUUUGUGGGAUUUGUAGUUCUUUUAUGUGGUGAAUCAAUCAUCUUGCGCUGUCCUUGGUGCUGAAACUGACCUUUCGUCCUCUGCAGAGCCAGAAUUCCUGCAUUAUUUUCUCUCUCAGAUCUGUUUGUCUUCUCUGGAGACAUAUUAUGUAGCUAUGAAGAUAUUAUAACUUAGUCAGCAUCAUAAAGUAUCAGAUAUUGGGUGUGAGCUUUGCACAUCCUGGAUGCAACCUCCCCUUUAUGGGAUGUUUCAUGUAGCUAUGAGGGCUGCAAACACACAUGUGGAUGAUUUGAUCUUUCUCAUUGCUCACUAUAGUAAAAUGAUGAAAAUGUACUAAUUUGGUCUCAGAUAUUGACACAUCCCUUGUAAUCAUUACAUCCUGGAGGGAUGGGAUGAAAAGAUGAUUUUAAUCUCUCACCAUUUGAUGAUAUAUACAGCUACUUUUAUAAAUCACUAAACAACUCAAAUGUUGCCCAAUGCAGUUGUGAAAUUUACUAAUUUGGUCUCAGAUAUUGUAACCAUUACAUCCUGGAGUGAUUUUAAUCCUUCACCAUUUGAUGAUAUAUACAGCUACUUUUAUAAAUCCCUAAACAUCUCAAAUGUUGCUCCAUGCAGUUUUGGGAUUUAGAGGUUUUUGUUACAAACUGUCACCUUGGUCUCAGAUGGACUAUAGAUAUUGUAAUCAUUACAUCCUGGAGUGAUGGGAUUAAAAAGGUGAUUUUAAUCUCUCACCAUUUGAAGACUUUUAUAAAUCACUUAAACAUCUUCAAAUGUUGCCCCAUGCAGUUUGUUGGAUUUAGAGAGUUUUUUUGGUUACAAACUGUCCUUUCCCUUUGCAGUCGGAUUGCGCCAGAGCUGGCACACAAGCGCUCUCUCUUGUUUUUGUGGUGUGUGGAGAACUUCUGGCGGCGUGCUUUAGUAGAGAGCCGGUCUGCAUUGCGUCGAAACCCUCCAACUCCUCCUCCUCCCUCCUCCUCCCUCCUCUCCAUCCCAUCUCCUCCUCACCUCCCCUGCACUUGCAUGUAAAAAUGCACAGCAAAAACUUGCUUGACAUUGUGGAGAAACAUCCGGACCUCUCUGCUGCUGCUGCUGCUGCUGCUGCUGCACACUCAACUCAAAUCUGUUUUGAUUCAUUUUUUCGCUACAACACAUUCUACAUUCUGCAUUCUACAUUCUACAUUCUGCUCGUCAUCUUGUCCUCCUCGCAGCAGAUUUUUUUUUGCUGAUGCAGUGAUGUCUGGAAAUGUCAAGGGCUCGCUUAUUGCCCCUUAAUGUAUCUCUCCCCCCCUGAAUUUGCAGCACAAGAUCUGCUCCUGCGGUAUCCAGUGAGCUGUCCACACCACCACACCACCGUGCCAGCAGCAGCUCUAGCGACGCUGCAGCUUUCUCUCUCCAUCAUCUCAGGCUUUCCAUCAUUAUAGACUCACCUGAUUUCCAUCUGCUUUUUUAAUCUCAUCUUUGUGGAGGAUGGCGAUGAGCACAGUAUAGGCUUUUUUUUUUUUUUUUUCCUUUCUUGGUAUAGGUGCAAUGUAAAGUUGCCACAUGACACCCACUGCUGCCCUGCUGUUGGAUGCUUUUCCUCGAGGAUAAGACGCAUUCAAGACCUUUCAAGAUCAGCCCACGAGGCAGCAGUAACAACAGCAGCAGAUGCACCGGAGAGCAGCGAUGGUCAAGUCAGCGAGAACCGCAGUGGAGCCGCACUGAGGCAAAGCAGCCAACCAGCCCCCUCGCAUCUGGGGACGUCUCCAACAAUUUAAGGGGUGUGGGAAGCUGAGGAGUGGAAAAUUUGCUCCCGAACCUGAAUGCCUGCUCAGUCAGACUAACCCAACACAACUCCUCCUCCUCUUCCCCCUCCACCUCCUCCUCCUCCCAAAAUGACCGUGGUAGCAGGAGAUAACAUGGACGACACCUCGGCUGUCCCGGGCCACCCUCAGGACACCUACCCCCCGGACCAGACGGACCACGAAUGCUGCGAGAGGGUGGUCAUCAACAUAGCCGGUCUCCGGUUCGAGACGCAGUUGAAAACUCUCUCCCAGUUCCCAGAGACGUUGCUCGGCAACCCCAAAAAACGGAUGCGGUACUUUGACCCCCUGAGAAAUGAGUACUUCUUUGACAGAAACCGCCCCAGCUUCGACGCCAUCCUCUACUACUACCAGUCUGGGGGUCGGCUGAGAAGACCAGUGAACGUCCCUUUGGAUAUGUUCUCAGAAGAGAUCAAGUUUUACGAGCUGGGAGUGGAUGCGAUGGAGAAGUUUCGCGAGGACGAGGGUUUCAUCAGGGAGGAGGAGCGUCCUUUACCUGAGAAGGAGUUCCAGCGUCAAAUUUGGCUCCUCUUCGAGCACCCGGAGAGCUCAGGCACUGCGAGAGGGAUCGCCAUAGUGUCUGUGAUGGUAAUCCUGAUUUCAAUAGUCAUAUUUUGUUUAGAGACUUUACCACAGCUGAAAGAGGACCCAAGGGGUCGAAUGAUUCCAUUUGGGAACACUACUAUUUAUUAUAAGCCAAAUAUCCUCACUGACCCCUUCUUCGUCAUUGAGACACUCUGUAUAAUCUGGUUCUCCUUUGAGUUGAUUGUACGCUUUCUGGCGUGCCCGAGCAAACCGGCCUUCUUCAAGAACAUGAUGAACAUGAUCGACAUCGUGGCUAUCAUCCCUUACUUCAUCACGCUCGGCACCGAGCUGGCCGAAGACCCGGAGAAAGAGGGAGUGGGGGAGCAGGCAACAUCUCUGGCCAUACUCAGGGUGAUUCGUCUGGUCAGGGUGUUCAGGAUCUUCAAGCUGUCACGACACUCCAAAGGACUGCAGAUUUUGGGGCAGACCCUCAAGGCCAGCAUGCGAGAGCUCGGAUUGCUGAUCUUCUUUCUGUUCAUUGGAGUCAUCUUAUUCUCCAGCGCUGUCUACUUUGCCGAGGCAGAGGAGCAAGGAUCCUACUUUGGCAGCAUCCCGGAUGCAUUUUGGUGGGCCGUUGUGUCUAUGACAACUGUGGGCUAUGGGGACAUGGUCCCUGUCACUAUAGGAGGCAAGAUCGUAGGAUCUCUGUGCGCCAUCGCCGGAGUGUUGACAAUUGCGCUCCCAGUGCCUGUCAUUGUGUCCAACUUCAACUACUUCUACCACAGGGAGACCGAGGGAGAAGAGCAGGCGCAGCUGCUCAACGUCAGCAACCCUAACAUCCCCUCCGAAACCAACUCCAGCCGCCGUAGCUCGUCCACCGUCAGCAAGUCAGAGUACAUGGAGAUCGAUGGAGACAUAAACAAUAGCAUCGACAACUUUAGGGAGGCAAACCUCAGAACUGGCAAUUGCACUAUAGCCAACCAAAACUGUGUAAAUAAAAGCAAGCUGCUUACAGAUGUUUAGACACCAGUUAGUUAACUUUGGGAUCUCUAUGGGACUGUCAUAUGUGGAGUAGACCAUCAGUUAGGAAUGCUUCAUUUACCUCCCCAAAGCGCUCUAUAUGGCAUUAGGCCUACAACUACGCUCAGCUAUAUAGAAAGGAAAUCAAAGCUCUUAGAGUAUAUGACAGGUAGAUAGAAUAAUUAAUUCUUCUGAUCCUACAAAUAUAUAGGUACAUCCAAAAGAAAAACAUUACGCAUAUACACGGAGGACGCCGAGCACACACUGUCCUAUCAGACGACCGCGUGAUACUUAAAAUCUUAUGCAUGGAGUACAGAUAACAUUUCAGCAAGUUGCACAAUGCACCAGAAAAGUCUGCAGAGACAUGCAAGCACCUGCAGCCAAGUGGUAAGCGCCAAGAAGUUAGGUGACCCCCUCCGCUCCCUCCUCCUCCUCCUCUUCCUCUCUCCUCUCUCUCCCUACAAAGGAUAUCUACUAUUCAGCAAAGCACCUUAUAGGAGGAAGACUGAUCUCUCUUGUUUGGAUGUAAACAGAUGGUGAUCUACUCGCUUUCACGGACAUCCGCAAUGCUGCUGUUUUUUCAGCAGAUGCUGUAAUUGUGAUAUCACCAAGUGAUUCAAUGCCAUGCCCUUUAGACGCAACACAGCACAAUGUUAAAGUGAGCUUCACACGAGCAUGAUUAGAGACUUUCCAUUUUGAUAUCGGCAUGCACGAGACACAUAUCUCACGUAAUGGAAAGGAUGUUCUUUUUGGAUACCUGCCUCCAUCCCUUGCCCCUCCUUCUCAUCUGUUUUCAUACAAGUGCACUGGAUGAGUUUUUAAUUUGAAAUGCUAAUCAUUUAGAAGUAUAGAAAUUGAAUGUUAAAUCUUAAGGGAACAGUACAUAAAAUGAGAUCAUAGCAUGAAAAAAGUAACCUGCAUUAUGGUCUAUCGACUAAGGUACUUUUGUAUCCUGGUAUAUUUAAUGCAUGACAUGAGUAUUCAGCUUGUUGCAAUUCAGGCACCCUGCAGUGCCCUAUUGUCAGGGAAGCUAAGGAAAUCAAAUUCUGGAUGUUUUCCGAAUUGCGAUCAAAUAUAUCCAAACCCACCUUGAGGAUGCAAUUUAAAAGUAGUCAAAGAAACUGAAUAAAUAUUAUCGAAAAUGCAUAUAAUUAUAAUAAGCACCAAUUACAGUAUCAAUAGUGCAGUGCAUGGACCUUCUUUGAACAAGAAAAGUUAACAUAUCAUUAGUCAUGCUUCCAUUUCCACGUCCAAUUUGAGUACGUAUUGGUUUGGAAUCCACUAAAACAAAAGGAUCGAUACCAAAUUUCACUUCAUAUUACAGAGAAUUAUUCUGACAUUAGUUGCUAGUGCCUUUAUCCCUUUCACCAACAGGACCAGUGAAAGUGCCUCUGUGUACAAUUGGAUUUGUGAGGUUGAGCAGAGCUGGUUGACCUUCUGCUCUGGUGUUGAUACGUUAUGAUGUUAAAGAUGAGCAAGGUUGAAACAGCAGGUGAUUGUGGUCAAAAACAAAAAAAAAAGAUGAUCCAUGGCUGUUAUGCACAACCCAGUUUUCAUGCCGUCAUGCACUUAAUUAUGCCCUUAAGCAGCGAUGUAUUGUACUCUGCAUGUUUACCAAUCCAACUCAAAAGGGAAUAUCCAUAUAGGUUUUAAACAUGUUUUAUUUAUGUCUGUUGUUUUUUAUGUUCGUGCACCAUGCAUCCUUUCAGGGUCUCUACCUCAGCGAGGUCAUUGCAAACUUGCUGCAGAGCUGCAAGCUUCAAUGCAGGGCUUCCUAUACCAUAAUGCAAAAUGGAACCUUAAGUGUAAAACUGCAGUCAUGCAACAUUGAAUGUGAGAGUCCCACAGCAUAGCCUUUACACAAGCACUUAGGAUGAAUAGUAUACCACAGUCCCGCUCCUUUUGUUCACUUAAAGCUACGCACAAUCAGAACAUCCACAUGUAGGGAGUUUGUAGAAGAUUGACUGUUUUUAUAUGUUGGUUUUCUUUGAAUCGAUGGUAUCUAAAGUUACUGUUGUGUCACCUGAAUGUGUUUCAUGUACAAGACGGUGGUUUGUUAUAGUUUUUAAACCCUGCAAUCCUUGGGCAUUAUGAUGCAGCCCGUCUUUUUGCACAAUCAUUUUGUUCUGUUGCCUGAACCCUUUUUUUUUUUGCCAGUGAGAUUUUUUUUUUCACUGUGCUUGCUCACACGUAGUGCAUUGUUUCUCCAGACAGACUAACUGCAGAUAGAUUUGGACAAAGUGUAACGACUACUUGAAAAUCUCCAGCUACUGUACAUCACUCAGUUUUGAGAUGAAUUCACCCAAAUAAUAGUAAGAUUUUCUAAUGUACUGUACGCUCUUUUUUAUUAUUAUUUAGCACUCUCCUGACAAAAAAAAAAAAGAGCUCCACUGCAAUGCUACUUGAAUGUCACAUAGUUGUUUCUGUUGGUGCAAUGGCUAUUCUUUGUGGUGCUAGUACAGGACUACUAUUGUUGUCUUGGUGGUACCAUCGCACGUUACUUUCAACAAGACUUUUUCCAUUUCUUGUUUUUGUUAUUGGUGACUGCUUGGUUAGUUUAGGGCACUUGUUUGUCAUUUUAUUUGGAUGAUCUUUGUACUGUACCGCUGAAGAGUGUCUGCCUCAGGCGAGGUAAAAAAUCCAGAGCCUUGCAACUCAUCAUGAGAGCAAAAAAAGAUACACAUUUGUGUCAGGGAUCUUCAAUUUGUAUAGGGUUUCUCAUACAGAAGGACAUCAAUAAUACCCAACACCAUAUAUUAUAUUGCUAUAUAUAGAUACAAAGAAAUUAUAGUAGUCUCAUUAAUGCAGCUAUCAGGAAAUUGUUCGCUUUGUUCACAAGUUUCUUGAUGCUUGAAAGCAGCGACGUGUUUAACAUGUCCUGCAGGAAACGGCUGAAAGUGAGACGAAGAAAAUAACUAAAUGACACCCCUCACGUUAGCAGCGCUGUGAGGGCAUGUAUAGAUGGUGCUAUGCAUUCAAUUACCCAACAGAAACAUGCAUUCUUAACAGCAAUAGAAUAACAGAUAAACUGUUUCUUAGAUGCUUUUUGUAAAAAAAAAAAAAAAAAAAUCUAUUUUGAAUGUCGGAAAUCACUUGACAGAUAACUCACAACAGGGCUGUUUAUGUACCAACCUCUUACCCUCUGUGCUGUGAUUUUGUAAGGUCAGCGGGGUCAAAUGUAGAGGCCGAGAGAAACCCGUGAAAAGUCCAAAUAUAGGCGUUGUGAUUGUGGCGGUCCCUAUUAACCACCCAGGUCGGACUGGAGUUGUUUUGCAGUCAGGAACGAAAAGCUGCUGAUGGGUUCAGUCGAACGUAUAACACAGUCCCAAAGGAACAGCCCAUAAUGCACUUAGAGAGAGGAUCUAUCGUCAGUUCACCGGACUGAUCAGAUGUGUGAGAGAAAGUCAGAGAAGGUGCCUAAAUUGUUUUACAUAUUCAUUUGUUUAGCUUACUGUUAGAUGUUAAUGCUUCUGCAAACAAACACGAGUGAGAAGAUCUACAAAAAAAAAAUGACAUUAAUUAAUUAAACUAUAAGAAAAAACAUGAAAUGUCACGAGAACAAAAUGCAAUUUAGCUACAAUAAGAUAGAGAAAAAGUAACCACUAUAUACUGCAAUUACGUAUGAAAAACAAUGUGUUUUUAUUUUCUUUCUUUUUUUGGUGGCACUGUAACAUGACUGAUUUAGGAAGAACAUGCCAUAUACUGGAAUAUCAAAGACAAUAUGUUCCUCUGGCAAGCCAUGAUAAUGAAACUACUGUAUUAUGAUCAAUUGCUAUACACUAAAUGAUAUGGACAAGAAGUGUACUAUUAUAAAAAACAACUUAUGGUUUGUUUUUUUUGGGUUUUAAGAAGAAGAAAAAAUCAUUCAAACACCAUGUUCACAUUUGUUCCAAUCUCCACUGCUGAACCUACUGCAUAAUGUAUCUCUACAGAAACCUACUAACCGCAAAAAACUGCAUGGUCGAUGGAAGACUGCAUGAGUUUUGCCUUUCAAACUGUGGAUCAACUAUAAUACAGUUGCAUCAUUUAAAAAAAGAAACCCUUGCUUUCAUCUGCACCAAGGCUUCCUGUGAAAGGCCCUGUUCAGAAGUUGUCUUGUCCUCUGCUGGAUUCCUUAAAAGCACCUUAGCGCUGACCUCAUCACUAAGACGGCGUUGGGCGUCCGAGCCGUGCUCAGCGUCCGUGUGUGAUCUUCAGGUUGUGCUCGCUAUAGGCUCUGAAUGUGAGCAAGGACAUUAAAGGGCUAGUUUCUCAAACUUUAUCUCUAUUCUAGGACUGAAACGCUCCCUCAAGUGACAUUUUGUUCUUAUCUCAGUCUAGACUGUAGUGAUACUGUGUUGUUGGAAACAUGCCCAUCAUGUCUAAACAGGGCCACACACCCUCCUCUGUACUACAUUUGGUUUUAAGGCAUUCUUGUUUGCUAAAGGUGUCGAUGUCGGGACUGCUUUCUGCCUGCUGAGGAGGCACUGAACAGGAUCAAAUGUUGGGAUGUUGGGAUUAUCGCUGAGAAGACCGUGUUUGUGUUAGAUGGCUGAUGAGUUUGUCUUUCCUGUCAAGAAUGCACAUUUAAUUGCUUGUAGGGAAGUUUUGGAGCAAAGCGCUAAAAAAAAGGACUGUUUCUGCUCUUCUUUUCAUCCACAAGCAAACCAAACUCUGAUUGUGUUAUUAUCUAAUCCAGCCGUCAUUGUCAUGUUGUGUUUACCAAGGAUUAUGCUACAAUGUGUUCAGUUUGUCACAUGAUGACAAAGGCAUGGUCUGUGAUCUAUGCAAGGGUUAUUUCUUUUAUUUUUCCUUAUAUCACUUAUGAUUUCAUCUUACAUUAACUUCAAUAAAUUUUUAAGGAUC